UGAGCUGUAGCCAAUCAGAGACGCCUGCUGCUGUUACGGAGAGACAACUGCGGAGAGUUGGGCAGUGGAGAGAUAGCACACACACGACUGAUAACAGCGAGAAACACACGCAGAACAUCGCUGCAGAAGUUGGCAAAGGAUCAUGAAGGAGGACAAGGAAAACACGCGUCCCAGAGAAAAGAAAGUGGAAAUAAAAUGUGAUGAAGAUGAAAAGCCAGAGAAGCCAAAUAAAGAGAAGAAGGAGGCUUUGACAAAGGUAGUUAGUUACUUUUAUUAUUUGUUUACCUGUGACUUAUUAGAUGCCGAUUACAAAACUUUUUUGGAGUUCUACAAUGGUGAUGAGGAAAAAUUCCCUUCCAACCCUGAGACAUUACUUGAGGAAAUUGAGGCCAAGACAAAGGAACUUAGUGCUAAAAAAACCACACCCCUCUUGGACUUCCUUAAAAAUAAACAGAGGAUUAGAGAAGAAAAGAAAGAAGAGAGGAGACGGAGAGAACUAGAACGUAAACGCCUGCGAGAUGAAGAGAGGCGUAAGUGGAGAGAGGAGGACAGAAGAAAAAGAAAAGAGGCUGAGAAAUUUAAAAAAGGAGAAAAGGCAUCUGAUAAGGACCAACCUAAAGAUGAACAGCCAAAAAUUAAGCUCUUGAAAAAAACAGAGAAAGCAGAUGAUGGUGAUACUGAGAAGCCAAAGGAAAAGCCCAAGAAACAAGACAGAGAGAAACAGAAGGAAGAUCGACCUUCUGGAGGAGGAGACACAAAGAAGCGGCAGAAUGGUGAACACCGAGAGGAGAAAGGGGGAAAGUCAGAGGAUAGUGGGCAUAAAAAUUACAGAGCUCGUGAUGGAGACCGAGAACGAGACCGGGACAGAGAGAGAGAGCGAAGACAGAAAGAAAAAGAACGUAUCAGAAGGCAGGAUGAAGAACGGAGGAAAAGGGAACGUCAUGAUGGAGAAAACACCUACAGAAAGAGAGAUGAGGAGGGGAAGAAGGACAAGGAGCGUGUUUGGGAGAAAAGAAAGAAUGAAAACACUGGAGAGUCCUCCGUUAAUGCUCACCCUGAAAAGCCAUCAAAGGACAGCAAAAAAGAAGACAGUGCCAAAAAAGACCGUCUGAGAAAUAAGGAUCGGCCUGCAAUUCAGCUGUACCAGCCUGGGGCGAGGAGCCGUAACCGGGGCGGAGGAGGAACAGGAGGAGAUGGACAGGGCAGAGCUACUAAUAAACACUUUUAUUGGCUUUCACUGAGCUUUUACGUUCCUUCUCAUGAAGGAUAA